CCCCGGCCCAGGCCCCGAUCGCGGCGGCGCUGCUGCUGCUGCCGUGUCCCUGCGCGGAGCGGCGGCCCCGGCCCCGCCGCCAUGUUCAAGAACACGUUCCAGAGCGGGUUCCUCUCGGUGCUCUACAGCAUCGGCAGCAAGCCGCUGCAGAUCUGGGACAAGAAGGUGCGCAAUGGCCAUAUCAAACGAAUCACCGAUAAUGACAUCCAGUCACUGGUGCUGGAGAUUGAAGGAACUAAUGUCAGUACCACAUACAUCACAUGCCCUGCUGAUCCAAAGAAGACCCUGGGCAUCAAACUACCUUUCCUAGUGAUGAUCAUCAAGAACCUGAAGAAAUACUUCACUUUUGAAGUGCAGGUGCUGGAUGACAAGAACGUACGCCGGCGCUUCCGGGCCAGUAACUACCAGAGCACAACUCGGGUGAAGCCCUUCAUCUGCACCAUGCCCAUGCGGCUGGACGACGGCUGGAACCAAAUCCAGUUCAACCUCUCGGACUUCACACGCCGGGCCUAUGGGACGAAUUACAUUGAGACCCUAAGAGUUCAGAUACAUGCCAACUGUCGCAUCCGACGGGUGUACUUCUCUGACCGGCUGUACUCUGAGGACGAGCUCCCAGCUGAGUUCAAGCUGUAUCUGCCUGUCCAGAACAAGGCCAAGCAAUAACACCACGUUCAGAAGAGAUGCGAGAAAUAUUUGGGAUCAACACAAGCAGGUGGAAGAGAUGGCCCUGCUGAAGCAAAGUUUUCGAUCAGCUCACCUUGUCUAGGGUAGCUUAGAUUCAUCUGGUAUCCCUCUUCUAGACAGGACACAAUUAACCAUGUAACAGGUCUGGGACUAUGUUGUUGGUGUGCGAGUUGCACAGAAUCAGAGUUUUCCUAGCUGUUCCUAAAGUGCUGAGCCUAAACACUGCAAGUGGCAUAGUACCUGAUCUCACGUUGCACAAAGGUUGCACAAAGUGGCCACAGUCCUUUCAAAUAAAGGAUUCAGCGGGAAUUACAGGGUUAAGUGUGCCCUCUUGAAGAUACCAACUUUAUCUUUCUUUCCUUGUUUUCCAUCUCUUAUUUUAUAUAUGCUCUAAGUAUGGAUGUAAUACUUGCUCUUGGAAAAUUAUUAAACAUAUGACUUUGUUUGUUUGUAA